AUGCGAGAUCCGGAUAAGGUGAAAAGCGGGCCGAUCUGUGACACUGUCGCCGUCAUUGUGUUAGAAGAAAGUGACGACGGUGGGUAUUAAUGAGCGUGAAAUUUAUGAGAACCGCGAUUGGUUUGCAGAGAACGCGGUACCCGAUGUUUUGCAUGAAAUACAGUCGCCACACACCACCGACCCCAUUCCGACGUCUUCGAUGAAAAAGUUCGCACGGCCGCGCGGAUGGUACAAUCAGUCGGAAGCGUCGCCCUCCGAGUUCUUCUAUCAAAUACUGACAACGGACACGGGUGCAAGACGGCUCGCCUACGUUUUAUCGGUGAGUUUCUAUUGGAUAUGUUAUAUGUAUGGGAACAAUGAAAGCAUUCAGACUUGGGAACAAGAUGAGAAAACUUCGAAUAUGAAAGCAGUGUCCAUAAUACUCAUUAGUCAGAAUUUUCAUCCAAAAGCCUUCAAAGAGAUACUUCUGGAGAUAUCAAAUGACAUCCGAACACCAGAAAUGGCGUCUUCAUCAGAACUCAUCCGAUUUCUGACGGAAGAACUUGUCGAGGAAGGAUCAACUAUCGAGAUAAGGACAAAAACGUUGAAUGUCGAGUUGGGAUUUGAGCUCCCGCCCGUUCUGCCUGUAACUGGUCGGGAUGUAACCAUGCUUUUUCAAAUGCUGGGUAUGUUGAGCAGUCAGAGUUAUGUUGGAACAUAAACCUCUUUGUUACAGGGUUUCGAAAUGUGGUCACAAUCAUCCACGCACUCCUCUCGGAUUGCCGGAUCGUGUUGGCCAGUUCGUCAUUGAUGCGGUUAUCAAGAUGUCAGAAUGCAAUACUCUCACUGUUGUAUCCAUUUGUCUAUGUGUGAGUAGGUUUCACAAAAAAACAUCAUUUCCAACUUCCACAGUCUGUCACAGUCAAUACAUCAUUCUUUUUAUAGUCACUCAUGCGUCACCAUUCUGCCCGAUUCACUAGCCGAAGUUCUGGAGUCACCGACGCCGUUUUUGAUCGGAGUUUUGACGGAAUUUGUUACGGUAGGCAAAACGUGUCAAUCAACGCCCAAUAUGUGUUCUCUUAGUCAUUUGGCGAUGAGAAUAUUGUCGUUUAUCUGGACAACGGGGAAGUUCACGUCCCUGAUCACGCAGAGAUUUACAAAUCGGACGAUUACUACUACAAAACACUUCACCAACGACUACGGACGGUUUUGUUCACAACUACCAGCCAAGAAGAUUUGGCAAUCUCGAACGAUGAGAGGGUCCAUGUGGAUGAUUUCAUAUUGGUUAGUUCUCAGCAUACUGACUUUCAAUACAAAACGGCAUUUCAGGAUAAGAAGCUACGAGCAUGUUUUAUUCUCUACUUCGCGGAACUGCUUUAUGGAUAUCAGUAUUACAUACUGUACACUCGCAUAAAAGGCAAUUUUGAGAAAAAAAGAACGACUUCGCUGACAUUUCAUGUCGGCGCUUUCCGAGGGUUUCGUCGGCUGACCGAUGCAAUGUCAAGUUCCCUUCUGAAAAGUGUGUACUUCCAAACUUUCAUCCUUUCCCGAGCACUUCCACGGAGAAAACACGAUCUUUUCGACGAGAUUUCCUGUCUUAAAGAACUGGAUCAACUUGUGUAUAGACAAAAGGCAAGCAGCGUGGAGAGCAAGAAAGUCAUCGAACACAUAUCCUCUGAGCUCAUCCAGAAGGAGCGUUUCAUGGAGAAGUGCUCCAUCCGGAAACAAGAAGUAUUUACUAAAAUUCAUUGGACUCAAGAUAAAAAAUUAACCGGAGACAGCAACAGUAUCAUCCAUACGGUCAAACCAAAGAUGAGGAACAAUAUGCUACUGCAAGCGAUGCUUCCGGUCGUCAACACUCAUGUCGAGUACCAUUCCAACCAGUUUGAUGCCUACGCACACCGGAUUGAAGCUCUUCGCCAUUGUAUCGGCUCAAUAUUCGACAGCAAAACGGCAUUCGCCAGCAAAUCACUGGAUGCGGUCAAGUCUUCGAUGAGAUUUGCCCCGUUGAGAAUUGAAUUGUGUCGACUGCUCAACCAGAACUCUACUUCCCAAGCUCUUCUAAGCGACAAGCAGUUCGACGAUAUCUCUCUUCUUAUGAACGCCGCUCUUCAAGCAGAAUGCGAAGAGGACAAGGAUGGCGUUGUCCGCAGUCUUAUGUAUCUUGCGAGUAUUUUUAACCGAGUGAGGACAUUCCAAUUAAUUUGAUUAGAAACAAUUUCCCGUUUUGCAGAGACUAUCGCAAGGUAUUCAGCAGUAUAUGUACACGGCAGUUCAAGAGCAUAAAGUGUGGAAGAAUCAACGAUUUUGGACGUCAUGUUUCUAUUAUGAAGUACACGAGAUGCUCUUUUCCGAAAUGCUGAAGAAAGACAGAAAAAUUGUGCGUACCUUUAAUCGAGUAAAUCAUAAAUUUACGUGUUUUUGCAGACGGAAAGUCUCUGGUGCCACACUCUUCGUCCGUGUGCAAUGGAGAUGAUCGACACUGACGAUACGGACCAGGAACAGCUUGUUCAGCAGGAAAAUGAAAUGAUUCAGGCGCAAGCAAAACACUUUGCGAAUCUGAUGAUCAGCUUGCAAAUUCCAUUGAACGAGGAGUUUUUUGACCACGAAGAGAAUAACACGGUCGUCCAAGAGGUGAAUUUUUGCGACAAUUCUCUUCUUAAUGUUUAUGCAAAUUGCUAAUUAUAGGAAAAAUGCAAAUGGAUCGCUUAUACUCUUGACUCAAUUCUCGGAGUGACCGGAAGAAUCAACGGGUUGUCGGUGGCAAACAUUCGGACGUAUGUGGAAGCUCAUGUGGAGAGUUUACGGGAUGUGUACGUUGAGUUGUCAUCAGGAGAGCACUUGAAGGUAUUCACACCAGUCAAACAAUGGGAUACGAUAAGUAAUAAACUUUCCAGAAGAGUGACUACGCACCAGUUCUAGUGUGUCCUAGUGAGUUCCUCAUUUGUGACCCGGUGGACUGCUAUCUGCUCGCAAGCAACGACGAAUCAGAGAUGUCCGUCAAUCGAUUGGAAAACGUCCUGCCUGCCAGCGGAAAACUCUUUCUUUCGAAUUACCGUGUCAUUUUCAAAGGAAAAUCAGUUGAUAUCAACGGUAUGUGUAAAAUAACAUAUUAUUAUCAAAUAUGUUAAUUUCCCAAUAGUUUCAGUGACAAACGCCACAAUUGUGCAGACAUUCCCACUCUAUUCGAUAGAGUCAUUCAAAAAGUUGACCUCUAAGAAGAUGAUUCCGUCGCAGCUGACUGAAAAAGUGAGUGAUUCUCCAUUCGCAUUCUCCGAUCAUAUUUCUACGUUAUGGUUUCAUAUUGCAGGGUGUAAGAAUCGAGCAUAUCAUAGCGAUACGCUCGUCAUGCGCCGCUCCGAUCACUGUGGCGUUUGACGAAGACGAGACCAACAACAUGACAAUCGAAAAGUUCUUGGAAGUAAUUGAAACGAAUUCAAAUAGCAGUUUUGCAUAUUACGCUGUCCGCAAAGAAGUUAAGAUCAGUGACAAUAGCAGUCACAAGUUUGGGACACUCAACUCUGCGAUCAGAGGAUUCACGAAGAAGAAGACGGACAGCCGACGCAUCAGAAGUCAUUCUUCGCAUCGAGGAUCAGUUCAAUUGACGUUUGACAGAAUAGGUGUGCAAUUAGUGAAGAAAAAAGAGACUAAUUUUGUUUUUAGAUGACUAUGAGCACCUCAAAAAGAAUUCACAUCAUCGGUACGCUGUUAUUGACUACCCAAGACUCGGACUGAACACCAAACUGGUCAAGUUGCGAAUGUCAAGUGCCAAUUUGGACUACCUCAUCUGUCCGACAUAUCCAGGAAAUUUCAUUGUUCCCAGUGAAACUAAUGAGACAGAGAUUACGAAGGUUGCCAAGGGAUUCGUAGAACAUCGCCUGCCCGUGGUCACCUGGAUGCAUGAGAACAGUGCUCUUCUGAUUCGCGCUAGCGCAUUUACCUCUACUGAUAUCGUUAAAAAGCUGAAGAAAGUGGUGAACUACCGUCGGGCUGCUCCGAAACUGACUGGAGCCAUGACUGGCAGCCAACAGACGCUUAACUCGAAGGCAAGUAGCAACGAAGAGAGCUCAUCGAAUGUAGUGGCUGGGGCUGAAAUCAAAAGCGCCGAAGUUCAAGUAUGUUUGUAGAUAUAAUCCAAAUUUAUGCAGUUGCCGAACUUUUCAGAUGAACUAUUUCACGAAAUUGGCUAACUCGUCGCAAGCAGUCCUUUCCUUUUCCCUCCCGGCACUAUUCGCCGACAAAUCAUCGACGCAUCAUAAUGGUCACUCCACCCGUAAUAUGAAUCAUGAAGUGUUCACGAUAACCGCCAAUGGAUUCCCUCCAGCUCGUGUUCAUCGGAAGGCGCUCUAUGUGCUUUUGGAAAAAGGACAUCCUGUGAAAAUCCCGCCGGAUGCAAACGCAGAGACCAUUAUGGUGCGGUCUGUGAAAGAAUCCGAGUUGAGGCGAUCUCUCCAGAAAGCGCGGCUUAUUUAUACGAAUGAUUCACAGAGCGAUUUGAAGAAUUCGUAUCUCGAGCUGUGGAAUGCUUCCAACUGGCCACAAUGCGUAAGAAUAUGCAGGUUUUUCCCUCUGACAAAGUCAAAUUUCAGCUCUCCCGGAUGAUCGAACUGGCGAACUCAAUUGUUGCUCUGAUGAGUCUGUACAACUCUUCGGUAGCUGUUUGCUUGGAAUCGGGUCGAUCGAUCACUCCCAUAAUCACUUCACUCUCUCAAUUACUCGCUGAUCCCUUCUACCGGACAUGCGACGGAUUCCAAGUAUUGGUCGAGAAGGAGUGGUUGGCAUUCGGUCAUUAUUUCCACAAAGAGACCGAAGUGUGCUCUGCCUCCUUUAUUUGCUUUCUGGAUUGUGUGCACCAGGUGAGACGAAGAGGCAAGGGAGAGUAACAAAGAACAAAGUUGUGUCACAGGUUGUCGAGCAGUAUCCAACGGCAUUCGAGUUUUCCGAUUUUUAUCUCAACUUCAUCGCAUAUCACUCGGCGGCCGGAUACUUUCGGACUUUUGUGGACGAUUGCGAAGAAAAGAGAUUGCAGUCGGAUUCCCACGAGUUCUUCCAACCUGACGACUUGUCCUCCGUGAAUGUGUGGGAGUAUAUCAAGGUGAAAAAAAACAGGAGGCAAAAUGCCAAUAAAGGGUAUUUUUCAGUUGAGAAAUCGCAUUAGCACAGCAUUUUUCAACGAGUUGUACGAGCAGCAUGGCGACAUUCUCGUUCCAUCCAGCUCUUUGCCCCGCAUCCACAUGUGGCCCUUCUUGACGGAAGUUCACCUCCGAUACGGCUCAUUGUAUGACAUCGGUACGAGAAAAAAGUCAAAUAAAUUCUAAGUUGGUUUGAUUCGAUUUUCAGAUUCUGCCUACCAUGAGAGACAAAUGGUCGAUGCGGAUAUGGAAAAGGAGGACUGGUCUUCAAUCGAUUACAGUGACAACAAUGAGAUCCGUUACACAAAAACUGUCAAAUCGACCGAGCAAGACCCCAGAACGAGCAAUAUGAUCAAGGCUUUGCAGAAAACUAUUAUCAUUGAGCUUUUCGACGCUUCCGAUAGGAAAAGUACAAAUAACACGGAAACGAAUGGGUGGGAACAUUGGCACAAAACAAAGUAGAAAUGAGCUUGAGUUUUUCAGAAAAGAAACCGUUCACGAGCUCAGUCCUUACACAGUCGGUGCUCGUCCGGUUCAAUGUGUCUUCUGCGCUAGCAUUCUCACAAGAUGGAGCAAGGGCAAGUUAAAAACCAGAAACCAGAAACCGAAAACUAGUGCUUACAUUUUCAGCUGUCCACUGCAAAAAGUGUCGGAUACACCUUCACGAAGGGUGUGUCAACAGGAAUAUCACGAUCAGCAACAUUCUGCAUACGUGGGACGCGAAGACAAUGGAGGAAAUCAAGUUGCCCCCAGCGGCCAUUCACAUCUCUACGCCACUUUGUAAGUGAAACCAAUCAAAGAAAAAAAGAAAACACGAAUUUUUUCAGCUGAAAAAAUUGCCUACAGUCCGAACACGACAUUGACACGCGAGUCGAUUUCUCCGCCCUUGAUUCCAGCGAUUCCGCCACUCUUCACAGGAUAUUUGAGCAAACGAGGUGCCAAACUGAAACUCUGGGUGCCCAGAUACUUUGUGCUGUACCCGGACUUGCCGAAAGUCUUCUACUACGAAGACUUUGAGAACUGGAAAAACGCGGAGAAACCAUCCGGAUGUAUUGAUCUCGUUGACUUCAAAAGUUUCGUUUUAGAGCAGAAUGGACGGCGAGGACUCAUCGAGGUAGACAAAAAGGAGGGAAACCAUGACUAUUCGUUUUAUUUUCAGUUACACAUGAAACAUAAGACAAUCCGCCUUUUAUCCGAGAAUAUGAAUGAAGCGAUUCGAUGGAAAGAAUGCAUCGAGCAAGUUAUUCGCGACUAG